AUCAGGAAUUGCAGCGAUCUCAGACAUGCUGGCACGGUGAUUGUUCACUCGCCGUCGCUUGAGGAGUUCAGCUUGGAGAUAAGUAAUCAUGACAUCUGCUGCAUUGACAUUGUGGCCCCGGUGCUUAAGGAGGUGACAGUGGAGGCCUAUAUUGACAUAAGCUUCACUUUGUCCUUCUUGGCCCCAAUGGUGAAAAAACUUAGAUGGAGUUAUGAUUAUGGCUACGUUUUUGUUGGGUUCGACCAAAUAUGGCGACUCAUGAGCAUAACGGUUGCGUGAGCUAGAUGAAUUCCAUGUCGUCUCGAUGAGCAUAAUGACUACUACUCAAAAUGGUGUUCUCGAUGCAGAAUGGAGCAUUGGACAGGUGAUAGCUCAUCUUCCUGUGGCUGCCUUUUCUAUUUUAGAGCUGGAUCUCAAAACAGAGGAGCAUACUUUUGGACCAAUGAUGUUACGUCUGCUUCGAAUUCAACCGACUAUGCAAAGGCUUAAGGUGGUCCUAGCACGUAACAAGGUACGAGUGCCAUGCCCAGUAAAUUGUCCGUGUGAACAUCCUAUCAACUGGAGAAGUGAAGAUGUCUCUUUGGCUAAUCUUGAAGUCGUUGAGAUUCAUGGCCUGCAAGGAGAAGAUGAUGAAGUUGAUUUCCUAAAAAUCAUACUCCGAUGUGCAACAGUGCUUCAGAGAUUGACGAUGACUAUUUCUGAUGGCGUCUCACCAAGCAACAAUGGCUAUGAGAAGAUCUGCAGUAUUAUGAAGGAGUAUCCUGAUGUGGAAUGCCAUAUGAUGGCAUCCGGUUCUGAGGGGAUUCUUUAUCCAUGAUUAGAAGAAUAUUUGCAAAUGGCAACCAGCGACAUCCUUAUGCUUUCAUCAGUUUUUAUCUUGCUGAUAUGUUUUGCUGGAGAAUUUCUAUGCAAGUUUCAUGACUUAAUAAAUUUGGCGAAACAAUGAUUUGUAUCCAGAUCAAGUAUCUCUAUAAAAAGAAAAGCCCAAGUUUAGUGUAAA